AUGGCAUUCCAGGCCAGAGCAGACGUGUGGAUGGCGGGCGCCUGGCUGUCCCUGCGCUGGACUCGCACGCUGACCACAGGCGCUGCUCCGGCGCCCAAGGCAGUGCUGCCCUUCGAAGCCAUCCCGCAGUGUCCCGGCAACAAGUGGCUGAGGGUGCUGCAGGUCUGGAGGGACGGCUCCGAGGAUCUGCACCUGCAGAUGCAACAGACCUUCCAGGAGUUGGGGCCCAUUUUCAGGUACGACGUGGGCGGGAGACCGAUGGUGUGUGUGAUGCUGCCCGAAGACGUGGAGAGGCUGAAGCGGGCGGAGGGCGUUCAACCCCGCCGGAUGGUCCUGGAGCCCUGGCUGGCCCACCGACAGCAUCGUGGGCACAAGUGCGGCGUGUUCUUGCUAAACGGGCCCGCAUGGCGCGUGGACCGACUGCGGCUCAACCCAGAUGUGAUGUCGCCACUGGCGGUGCAGAAGUACAUGCCUAUGGUGGACAGGGUGGCCAGGGAUUUCGCCCAGGCCCUGAGGGCGAGGGUGCUGCGGAGCGCCCGGGGGGCCCUGACCGUGGACAUCCAGCCCAGCAUCUUCUACUACACCCUGGAAGCCAGCAACUUGGUCCUUUUUGGAGAGCGGCUGGGCCUCCUCAGCCAGAGCCCCAGCCCAGCCAGCCUGAACUUCAUCCACGCGCUGGAGGUCAUGCUGCGGUCCACCGUGCAGCUGAUGUUCGUGCCCAGGGGCCUGUCGCGCUGGACGAGCGCCCAGGUGUGGAAGGAGCACUUCGCGGCCUGGGACUACAUCUUCCAGUAUGCCAACAACUCCAUCCAGAAGAUCUACCAGGAGCUGGCGCUCGGCCGCCCCCACCACUACAGCGGCAUCAUGGCGGAGCUGCUCCUGCAUGCAGACCUGACCCUGGACGCCAUCAAGGCCAGCGCCAUCGACCUCACUGCGGGCAGCGUGGACACGACGGCCUACCCCUUGCUGAUGACCCUCUUCGAGCUGGCGCGGAACCCCGAGGUGCAGCAGACCCUGCGUGAGGAGAGCCUCCUGGCGGACGCCGAGAUCUCUGAGAAUCCCCAGAGGGCAGCCACGGAGCUGCCCCUGCUGCGGGCCGCCCUCAAGGAGACCCUGAGGCUCUACCCCGUGGGUAUCUCUGUGGAUCGACAGGUGAGCUCAGACAUGGUCCUGCAGAACUACCACAUCCCGGCUGGGACACUGGUUACUGUGCAGCUCUACCCCCUGGGUCGAAACCCCUCUGUGUUCCCGCGGCCUGAGCUCUACCAUCCACAGCGCUGGCUGAACAGAGGGUCCAACACCAGGUUCCCCCACUUGGCUUUUGGCUUCGGCCCGCGACAGUGCCUGGGGCGGCGCCUGGCGGAGACCGAGAUGCUGCUUCUCCUGCACCACGUGCUGAAACAUUUUCAGGUGGACACCAUCACGCAAGAGGAUGUGAAGAUGGUCUACCGGUUCAUACUGAUGCCCUCCACCAUCCCGCUCCUCACCUUCCGGGCCAUCAACUAG